AUGUCGGCACCUCCCCAGGGACAAGGCGCUGAUGCCGAGAAGAACAUUGAAAUAUGGAAGGUCAAGAAGCUGAUCAAGCGCCUCGAAGCCGCCCGUGGUAACGGCACGAGCAUGAUUUCGCUCAUUAUCCCGCCCAAGGACCAGGUUUCGCGCGCGGCGAAGAUGUUGGCUGAAGAAUUUGGUACCGCUAGUAACAUCAAAUCUCGCGUCAACCGCCUGUCCGUCCUGUCCGCCAUUACCUCCACUCAGCAGCGUUUGAAGCUCUACUCCAAGGUCCCGCCAAAUGGCCUUGUCAUCUACUGUGGCGAAAUCAUCACCGCAGAGGGCAAGGAGCGCAAGAUCAAUAUCGACUUCGAGCCCUUCAAACCCAUCAACACCUCGCUGUACCUAUGCGACAACAAAUUUCACACCGAGGCGCUGAGUGAGCUGCUGGAGUCGGACCAGAAGUUCGGCUUCAUCAUUAUGGAUGGUAACGGUGCCCUCUUCGGAACGCUCUCUGGAAACACGCGCGACAUCGUCCACAAGUUCUCCGUCGAUCUUCCCAAGAAGCACGGUCGUGGUGGUCAGUCCGCCCUGCGUUUCGCCCGUCUACGAGAGGAGAAGCGUCACAAUUACGUCCGUAAGGUCGCCGAGCUGGCCGUGCAGAAUUUCAUCACCGCCGACAAGGUCAACGUCGCCGGUUUGAUCCUGGCUGGUAGCGCCGAUUUCAAGAACGACCUGAACCAGUCCGACAUGUUCGACCAGCGCUUGCAGACCAAGGUCAUCAAGGUCGUGGACGUGUCAUAUGGAGGCGAAAACGGUUUCAAUCAAGCUAUCGAGUUGUCAUCCGAGACCCUCAGCAACGUCAAGUUCAUCCAGGAGAAGAAGCUCAUCAACCGCUACUUCGAUGAGAUCUCGCAAGACUCUGGCAAGGUGUGCUACGGUAUCGACGACACGUUGAAGGCGCUCGAGGCUGGUGCCGCUGAGAUACUGAUUGUUUACGAAAAUCUUGAAUUGACUCGCUGGGUGUUGAAGAGCUCGGAGGGUGCCGAGAUCAUCCUCCAUACCAACAAGAUUCAGGAAGCGGACCGCACUCUCUUCAUGGACAAGGAGACUGGCCAGGAAAUGGAAGUCGUAGAUCAGAUGUCGUUCCUGGAAUGGCUGGCUGAGAAGUACCGCGACUUUGGCGCUACCCUCGAGUUCGUCUCUGACCGUUCCUCUGAGGGUAACCAGUUCGUCAAGGGCUUUGGUGGUAUCGGUGCCAUCAUGCGCUACAAGCUCAACUUUGAACAACUCGCCGAGUAUGACGACGAAGACGAAUUCUACGAUGAUUGA